ACCUAGGAUUUAUUUACAUUCAGCUUCUUCCUUAAUGUCAAAUGAGUGCUGUUAACGUUCCUUCAGGAAACUUCAGCAGAGAAAAAGUUUUGCUUCACAUCUCAUCAAAUCUUCUGCAUCAAGCCACAUCAUGUUAAACAACCUUCUCCUGUUCUCCCUUCAGAUAAGUCUCAUAGGAACCACUCUUGGUGGAAAUGUUUUGAUUUGGCCAAUGGAAGGUAGUCAUUGGCUAAAUGUUAAGAUAAUUAUAGAUGAGCUCAUUAAAAAAGAGCAUAAUGUGACUGUCCUAGUUGCCUCGGGUGCACUUUUCAUCACACCAACCUCUAACUCAUCUCUGACAUUUGAAAUAUAUAAGGUGCCCUUUGGCAAAGAAAGAAUCGAAGGAGUAAUCAACGACAUCGUUUUGACAUGGCUGGAAAAUAGACCAUCUCCUUCAACCAUUUGGAGAUUCUAUCAGAAGAUGGCCAAAGCAAUCAAGAACUUCCAUAUAGUGUCUCGGGAGAUCUGUGAUGGUGUUCUUAAAAACCAACAGCUGAUGGAAAAGCUAAAGAAAAGCAAGUUUGAAGUCCUGGUGUCAGAUCCAGUAUUUCCUUGUGGCGAUAUAGUAGCUUUAAAACUUGGAAUUCCAUUUAUGUACUCCUUGAGGUUUUCUCCAGCCUCAACAGUGGAAAAGCACUGUGGGAAGGUACCAUACCCACCUUCCUAUGUUCCUGCUGUUUUAUCAGAACUCACCGACCAAAUGUCUUUCACUGACAGAAUAAGAAAUUUCAUCUCCUACCACCUACAGGACUACAUGUUUGAAACUCUUUGGAAAUCCUGGGAUUCAUACUAUAGUAAAGCUUUAGAUGGUAGCCAUUGGUUAAAUAUUAAGAUUAUUCUAGAAGAGUUGAUUCAAAGAAAUCACAAUGUGACUGUACUGGCUUCAUCAGCAACUCUAUUCAUCAACUCCAAUCCUGAUUCUCCUGUGAAUUUUGAAGUGAUACCUGUUUCCUACAAGAAGAGCAAUGUAGAUUCCUUAAUUGAGCAUAUGAUAAUGCUGUGGAUUGACCAUAGACCAACUCCUCUCACAAUAUGGGCUUUCUACAAAGAACUAGGAAACCUUCUAGACACUUUCUUUCAAAUUAAUAUGCAAAUCUGUGAUGGUGUACUAAACAACCCCAAGUUAAUGGAAAGACUUCAGAAAGGUGGUUUUGAAGUGUUAGUAGCAGACCCAGUAACAAUCUGUGGUGAUCUCAUUGCUCUGAAAUUAGGAAUUCCAUUUGUGUACACAUUGAGGUUCUCUCCAGCAUCAACAGUGGAGAGACACUGUGGGAAAAUCCCAGCACCGGUCUCCUAUGUACCGGCAGCCUUGUCAGAGCUCACUGACCAGAUGACUUUUGGUGAAAGGAUUAAAAAUAUGAUAUCUUAUUCUCUGCAAGACUAUAUAUUUCAGUCCUACUGGGGAGAAUGGAAUUCAUACUAUAGCAAAAUUUUAGGAAGACCCACUACCUUGUGUGAGACUAUGGGGAAAGCUGAAAUUUGGUUAAUCCGAACUUAUUGGGAUUUUGAAUUUCCUCGUCCAUACUUACCUAAUUUUGAGUUUGUUGGAGGAUUACACUGCAAACCUGCCAAAUCUUUACCUAAGGAAAUGGAAGAAUUUAUCCAGAGCUCAGGUAAAGAUGGUGUUGUGGUGUUUUCUCUGGGAUCAAUGGUCAAAAACCUUACAGAAGAAAAGGCCAAUCUUAUUGCCUCAGCCCUUGCCCAGAUUCCACAGAAGGUUUUAUGGAGAUACGUAGGAAAGAAACCAGCCACAUUAGGAAACAAUACUCAGCUCUAUGAUUGGAUACCCCAGAAUGAUCUUCUUGGUCAUCCCAAAACCAAAGCUUUUAUCACUCAUGGCGGAACUAACGGGAUCUAUGAAGCUAUUUACCACGGAGUCCCUAUGGUGGGAGUUCCCAUGUUUGCUGAUCAGCCUGAUAACAUUGCUCACAUGAAGGCCAAAGGAGCAGCUGUGGAAGUGAACCUGAACACAAUGACAAGUGUGGAUUUGCUUAGCGCUUUGAGAACAGUCAUUAAUGAACCUUCUUAUAAAGAGAAUGCUAUGAGGUUAUCAAGAAUUCACCAUGAUCAACUUGUAAAGCCCCUGGAUCGAGCAGUCUUCUGGAUCGAGUUUGUCAUGCGCCACAAAGGAGCCAAGCACCUGCGCCCAGCUGCCCACAACCUCACCUGGUUCCAGUACCACUCUUUGGAUGUAAUCGGGUUCUUGCUGGUCUGUGUGACAAUGGCUAUAUUUUUGGUCAUACAAUGUUGUUUGUUUUCCUGUCAAAAAUUUGGUAAGAUAGGAAAGAAGAAAAAAAGAGAAUAGGUCAAGAGAAAGAGCAAAUUCUAUAUAUAUAUAAAAUUUUUAUAUAUAUAUAAGUUUGGCAAAAUCCUGAAUGUUAUAGUCUUAUUAAUUCCAGCCAAAAGGAGUUUAACAAAAACACAUCUCCCAUCCUGUUUCCAAAUUUUCUAUUUCUCUACCUGCAAUAAGCCUACUGAUAAACCCUAGAUUUUGGCAUGAUUAUCAUUAACUUGUGAGUUGUAGUCUUCUAUUUCUCCUUUGUCUUUCCCUGCUGACUAUACCCUCUUCCUUUCACUCUUCUGACACAAGGAUACUACCUAAUUUUAAAUAUGUUCUAUUCAUAGUAUCAAAUUAUUUUGUAGUUCACCUUAAUUAAUGAUUAACAUUAUGCUGAAUCCUGGUAAUGCAUACAGUGUAGACAGAAUUUGAUAGGUGUAAGGAAGAGUCAAAUUCACAAGUUUUCAUAUACCAAAUAAUUCAGGGAGCCACCAUAGGACAGUAGUGUGUUAUGAGAAAGGUAAUGAUUUCCUUGUUUUAAUAAAAAUAAACUCUUCUGUGUGCUCAAUUUUGCAGGAGUUAGAGAAUGAAUUUUAAGUGUGAUGUGCAUCCCUAUUUAAUGUCUACAAAAUUUUUAUUGAGCAUAUCCAGAAAAUCACAGUGUAACUUGCCUGCCUUUCUUCAACAUAUAUUCUUAUAUAAGCUGUAGUGGAAGAUUUGGGUACUGUCUUUAAUAAAUAAAUCAAUUGACUCUUUGAUUUCAAGGUGAAAGUUUUAUGUUAUAUAUUGAAGGUGAACAGAUCAUAUAUAGAGGAUAUAAUAAAGAAAAAUCUAGAAAAUAAUAAGUAAUUUUAUAAAAUUUUUAGUUAAGUGUUCAAAUAAUUACAUUAAAUAUCAAUUAAUUAUGUUUAAAAAACACUAAUGUUCAUAAUAUAUAAUCACCAUUUAUAAUCAAAAGUUUAAUUUUAUGCUGAAAAAUAAAAAAUGCUUACUUGGAA